CCUUAGUAAUUUGCAACAUGUAAUUUGGUUACAUAAUAAUUUCUCUCAGCCUGAGCUUUUUAGUGGUUAAUUAGUCAGGGAUCUGGGGGAAAGGAUGUCUAAAUUGUUGAAUAUAUGCUUCCUGGCCCACAAAUUGUUCUAUCACGUUGUAGCUGCUGUUUUUGAAUGUCUCAAGAAAGAAAGAAAAAAACCUCUUAAAAUACUAGAAAAAUAAAUGAUAGUGAUUUUGGCUUUAAUUUUCUGUACCUCUACUCGGUGACAGAAGGCAGGGAGGGCACGAAAGGCUAAUGUGGGUCAGCAAGAAGCAGGGCAGGGCUGGAGGCAACCCGCUCUGCAAAGCCUCUUCCAUCCAGCCACAGGGAUCUCUUGGCUCAGAGGGGAAACCCAGCUGACAGCAGAGGAUGUACUCUGACAUUACAACCAUCUACAGACACAUCUUUCAAGGGAUAGCUGCAUUUUCAGCCUAGUGUAUACUCUGCUGAGAAUCUCCCUGUCCUUUUUAAGAUAUCUUUAAUUCUCCCUUCUUUAUGCUAAAAGGGGCUAUAGAGCAUCUUUAUCCCUAAUACAAAUAUCACCCAAAGUGCACUUCUAACUUUCAGGCUUCCCGUAUUAUUUUUGCCUUCAGACACCAGUGGCACGAUGAGUGGGUGCUAAUUAUGGAGAACUGCAUUUCAACAACAGAAAUCUUACUGCUGGUGAAUACAGAAAAAAUUGCUCAUUAGAGCAGCAUGGUAUUUAGUCAGAUUGGCUUUCCUAGAUAUUAACAUUGUAGCAUUAAUGCAGACUGGCAGUGUACUACUUGAAUAAAACUAUCUUGAGAUAACGCACACAGAAGGACUUGUACAACUGCUGUCCAUCCUUCAGGGCUUACUAGGCAUGGUCCUGUACCUCCAUAGCCACACGAGCUGACACUGCAGCAGCUGUAACCAUUAAGGAUUCCUCUCUCCUAUAUGUCCUACCUGCUUCCUAGUUGCUCCAUCAGGCUAACCUAAGUAAUAUAAACAGGCACAGAAAUGGUGUAGCUGCUUGGGACAACAGAAUUCAUCAGUCUGCAGAGAUACCAGGAUUUCCUCUUCUGCAAUCCUCUGGGUUCCCCUUUGACUUGAACACCAGCUUUUGCUAAUUAGCUUAGCUUUAUCUAAUUAGCACCAGAGUGGGAGAACCUCACUUGGCUGCCUCCUGGGAUACGUGUAGGAGAGCAGGGAAGUUUUCCCCUACUUAGGAGGGGCUUUGCAUGGUGUCAUGGCCUCAUCACACCUCUUUGACUAUGGUUCCAGCUCAGCCAAUGGGGCCGACAGCUCCUUCUACACCUCCCUGAUCUCAGAUGUUCACUACACCACUCCUCGGGACAACACCUACUUCACAGGCAUUUACCAGCAGGAGAACAGCCCCAUCCCCUGCUCAGGCAGCACAGAAGGCUUUAAUGCACUGGGGCAUCCCGUUCAAGAUGUGACUGGGUUUGAGUCUCGUGGCUUGUUUAGCUUGGAUUCGGGAAUUGAGAUGACACCUGCAGAGUCUGCUGAGGUUGACAAAACCUUAGCGGAUCCCAUGAAAGUGGAAGGUUAUAAAUACAUGGACAUAAGUAGACCAGAAGAAAUAAAGUACCAAGAAAAACACGAUCCAGACUUGGAAGAUGAGAGCCCAGACCUUAUUGAUGAAUACCGAGGAACACCCAUCGGAUCUGGCCAUGCUGCUGAACCUCAGAGGACAACAGUUUCAGAAGCCACGAAGGUUCCCAAAGAGCAAGACCCACUUGAAGACAAACGGUUUAGAGACCAGCACAACGCUUCUGUGGUGACAGCCCCUGUCAAGAUCACACUAACCGAGACCCCUGGGGCCAGAGAGGCCACCAGCAAAGAGGCGAGUCUCACACAGCCCAAAUCUGGCUUGAAGCCGAGCCACGAGGUGGUACCCACAGUGACAGUGUCAGAGCCAGAAGAUGACAGCCCAGGCUCUGUCACACCCCCAUCCUCUGGCACAGAACCAUCAGGCUCAGAAUCACAGGGCAAAGGCAGCCUGUCAGAGGACGAGCUCAUCAGUGCCAUUAAGGAAGCAAAAGGCUUCUCCUUCGAGACCUCUGAGGUGCAGCAGUCACCAGCUGUUUCUGCAGAGAAACAGGAGCAGAAAAUGAAGCCUGGGCACCCUGCUGUCCCCUCACCCCUGGAUAACGAAGCCAGCAGUGCGGAGUCUGGGGACUCAGAGAUCGAACUGGUCUCGGAGGACCCGCUGGCUGCUGAGGAGGUGCUGCACUCCAACUACAUGACCUUCAGCCACAUCGGAGGGCCCCCUCCCUCACCUGCCUCCCCAUCCAUCCAGUACAGCAUCCUGCGGGAGGAGCGGGAGGCUGAGCUCGAUAGCGAGCUCAUAAUUGAAUCCUGUGAUGCCUCAUCGGCCUCUGAAGAGAGCCCAAAGAGGGAGCAGGACUCCCCUCUCAUGAAGCCCAUGGUGAUGGACAUUAUCAAGGAAGAGAAUAGCUCACGUGCCAGCGCCUUGGACUAUGAAGCUAGUAAAGCAACGGAGAGCAGGAUGAACAGGGAGAACCUGGCAGACUCUGCAUCCUACCUGAAAUGCUCUUCUGUUGCCCAGAAAGUAAGCUCUGAGCCUCCAACAUCUGCUGUCAGCACUGAGGAGCUGAAGGAAAGAAUAAUCCUGAAGAAACCCAUUGAAGAAACUGUUGUUAACCAAAGUAAAGUGUCUUCCAAGGACUCUGGAAAAAGAAGCCCUUUGUCUUUGCCUCUACUGCUGUUUUUAAAUAAGCAGAAAGCUAUCAACCUGUUGUACUGGCGCGACAUCAAGCAGACAGGGAUCGUGUUUGGCAGCCUCCUCUUGCUGCUCUUCUCCCUGACCCAGUUCAGCGUCGUCAGUGUUGUGGCCUACCUGGCCCUCGCCGGCCUCUCGGCCACCAUUAGCUUCAGAAUCUACAAAUCAGUCCUACAGGCCGUGCAGAAGACUGACGAGGGCCAUCCCUUCAAAGCCUACUUGGAUAUGGAAAUGAAUCUCUCACAGGACCAGAUUCAGAAAUACACAGACUGUCUCCAGCUAUACGUCAACAGCACAGUCAAAGAGCUGAGGAGACUCUUUCUCGUUCAGGACCUUGUGGAUUCUUUAAAAUUUGCAGUACUAAUGUGGCUGCUGACUUAUGUGGGAGCCCUCUUCAAUGGCCUGACUCUUCUGAUAAUGGCUGUGGUGUCUAUGUUUACUCUCCCUGUUGUAUAUGACAAGUAUCAGGCACAGAUUGAUCAGUACUUGGGACUUGUGCGGACCCACAUAAACACUGUUGUGGCAAAGAUUCAGGCUAAAAUCCCAGGUGCUAAGAGAAAGGCAGAGUAAAGGAGACAUCAAGAAUCCAUCGACUACAUUAAUGAAUAACGGGGGAAUCUGGAGUGAAACAGCUCUGUUCUUACACUUUACUGCAAAUUUAUCGUUCUUUUAUUUCUCAACACCAUGAUAUUAGAAACAUGAAACUCGGAAGCAGUGCUUUUCCCCUGCUGCUUCUGCACUUAGAAUAUUUGCAAUCACUUGUGUCAAGCACUAAAGUAUAGCAAAGAGAAAAGUGUACUAGAUGUGGUUUUUUGUGUUGCUUAUAAAGUGCAUGAUGGUGAGCGCCUAAAUAAUAUUGACCUUUUUUAUUUUAUUUUUUUAGUGUUUUUCCUUCUUCUAUUGGCAUUGCUUCUAUAACUUUCAAUGUUACAUGUGGCUAGGGGCUUUCCUGCUUAGCGCACUGAUGCAAUAGUUAAAAUUGCUUCUACGUCACUGGGUUGCUGGUUGGAUUCAUCUUUAUUAACUAUAUAGAUUGUAGACUGAUGUUUUAGUGUUUUCCAGCACAAAUAAAAUAAACAGUAAUCGGUACUUAUGGUAAUCAGUUUUGUAUAACUCCAAAAAUACAAAAAACAAAACCCAGUACUUUUGUCGUAAGGGAUUGACAGGCUGAUUUACAUGUAUGGCAACUGGAAAGGUCCAGCUUGUUAAAUUUAUUACAAUUUGUAUUACAUUCUCUGUAGUUCCUAAUGGACUUAAUUAUGGACUCUGAAUAUUUGCACUUAUGUACUUGAUACCGAAUGCAGAAAUAAAUGUUACUAAAUGUAAAAAGUCCUCCCUCUCGUUGCCAUUGGAAUUACUGUGACAUCUGCAGUCUGCACAGAUACAUUCCCUCUCCCUUCCCUUGUGAUCCACAUGUGCUUCACUUCACAAAAUGAUGCAGUCCCACACAACC